CGCUCAUCCUAUCAGGCGUAUCCCCCCUUCGACCGUCCUCUGCGGCUUUCUGAAGCAGUGGGCUAAAUCACGACGCUAUAACACUGGAGCUGUAAAAUUAACAACGGGGGCUCCCGUUUAAAGCGCCGCAUCAAGCUGACCAGCCAACACAGUGUGAUCACUUGCGACUCUCUCUGAAACGACUUUCUGUUUCGGAGAAGUGCAAAUUGAUAAAUCCCCCUCAAAAAACCACUGCCGCCGCACAUCCUCCAAAAAAACUAUCCUAAAUCGAAGCAAAAAUGGUGCAAAAUAAGAUAACCGAAGUCACUGGUUUCCAUCGCUCUUUCAAGGGCCAAAAUCCCUUUGAGUCAGAUGACUUCACUAAAAAUGGAUCCCAUCUCAUUGAUUCCACAUUUAAUUUUGAUUCUUCCCCAAGACACGACAUACCUUCCAGCCAGCCUAUCGACAUCCCCGAUGCCAAGAAGAGAAACAAGAAGAAAAAGCGUUGCCGGGCAACUGACAGUUUCUCUGGAAGAUUUGAGGAUGUCUAUAGACUGCAGGAAGAGGUUUUAGGAGAGGGCGCCUACGCCAGAGUGCAAACAUGCAUCAACCUCAUCACCAACAAAGAGUAUGCUGUCAAGAUCAUCGAGAAAAGACCAGGUCACAGCCGCAGCCGUGUCUUCCGGGAGGUUGAGAUGCUCUAUCAGUGCCAGGGCCACAGUAACAUCCUGGAGCUGGUGGAGUUCUUUGAAGAGGAAGACAAAUUCUACCUGGUGUUUGAAAAGCUUAGAGGAGGGUCCAUCUUGGCACACAUUCACAGGAGGCGGCACUUCAGUGAGCAGGAAGCCAGCGUUGUCGUGCAGGACAUUGCCAGUGCUCUGGAUUUCCUGCAUAACAAAGGAAUGGCACAUAGGGACCUGAAACCUGAAAACAUCCUCUGUGAGAGUGCAGACAAGAUUUCCCCAGUGAAGAUUUGUGACUUUGACUUGGGCAGUGGGAUCAAGCUGAAUAGUGACAGCUCACCUAUCUCCACCCCUGAGCUCCUGACUCCUUGUGGCUCUGCAGAGUAUAUGGCACCUGAGGUGGUUGAGGCCUUCAGCGAGGAGGCCACGAUUUACGACAAGCGCUGUGACCUGUGGAGCCUCGGAGUCAUCCUCUACAUCAUGCUGAGUGGCUACCCUCCUUUCGUAGGCCGCUGUGGUGGUGACUGUGGCUGGGAGUUAGGAGAACCCUGCCACACUUGCCAGAACACUUUGUUUGAGAGUAUCCAGGAAGGAAAAUACGAGUUUCCAGAGAAAGACUGGGCUCACAUCUCCUCAAGUGCCAAAGACCUUAUAUCCAAACUUCUGGUGCGGGACGCCAAAAAUCGCCUGAGUGCUAGCCAGGUGCUGCAUCACCCAUGGGUGCAAGGGGGUAUCUGUGACACUUUGCCAACAUCCAUCUUGCAUCAAAGAACCAGCAAUGCCAGGGAUCUGACGUUCUUUGCUGGCAAAGCCAUGGCCGUGAACCGGCAGCUGGCUGAACAGGAUGGCAUGGAAGAACAGCAGCAGCAGGAAGCCCCGUUUGUCAUUACUGCUGCUGGCUCUUCUGUGCGUCUCUUUCCUCCUUCCAACUCCAAGCUGGCCAGGCGCAGGCAGCGAAACAGUCAACCCAAGGGAGGGGCCGUCUCCGCUGCUGAGCUUCGUCAGCUCUUGGCCCCUCUCGUUAUUGUGGGAGACUGUGCCUGAACGGUGUCAACCCGGACCUCCGACCUUCCGUUAAGAUUCAAGUCCAGAUCAAAGACUGUCCUGAUACUCUCCCUCCCUAAUUCUGGCCCCUCUCUCUGACUUUAGCUGGCCUUGGUUCCUCUGCCAUUCAGGCUUUCUUGCCUCGCUGUAAAGGGAGAUGCUGCUCACAGCUCUUCCUAAAAAAUGCCUUCUGCCCUUCUGCAGCACUUCUGAAGCACAUCAGCCCAGGGCCUGCAAAUAGCAAAUACACAUAUGUGCACGUCCAGGU